AUGUACUUGAUCAUCUUCACCACAGCGAUCGCUGUCCUCGGUGUGAUCUGGUACUGGUCCUAUCGGCAGCAGUACCGGUUCGCGGACAAAUGGCCCUCGGUUCAACCGCGGUAUCCUUUACUGGGCAAUGCGACGAUUAUGCUGGGGAAAAACGAUGUGGAGCGGUUCGAAGUGAUCAAGCGGUUGUUUUCAGAGUCCGAUCGAGUCACGACGGCUUGGGCUGGACCGAAAAUGCUCUUGAUGACCAGCCAUCCGGAUAUUAUCCAUCAGAUCCUGUCCAGUCCGGACUGUCUGGAGAGACCGUUUCUGUAUCGAUUUGCAGGAUUUACCCAGGGAAUUUUCACGGCCAAGUUGCCAGUUUGGAAAGAUAACCGCAAGCGGCUGAAUUCCACCUUCAACCAACGGAUUGUGCACGGGUUCGUUCCGUACUUUGUCAAGUGUUGCGAAAAGAUGACGGACAGUUUGCUAGAAUGUACUGAUCGGGAAACGGUCAACAUCCAAAAGUAUACGGCCGUUUGCGCCCUGGAGAUGGCUGCUGGAACAACACUCGGCGGAGAUGUACUCCAGCAGGCUGAGGGCAAGCAUGAGUUCAAGCGGGGACUUGAUUUAGCAUUCAAUGGAGCCUCCAGAAGAAUGAUAACCGUGCAUUUGUAUCCGGAUUUCAUCUAUCAAAUGACCUACCACUAUAAGGAACUGCAGGAAGGCCGAAGAAUAAUCUGUGAUUUCUUUACAAAGUUACUGAUAGAGCGAAAACAAUACCUCUUGAACAAAAGCAACAACAACGAUACUAACGCCGAAGAGGAAUACAACAAACCGAAAAUUCUGGUUGAUCAACUGCUCGGAGUCAGCCACGACGGAAAACAGUUCAACGAUAUCCAAAUCAGAGACAACGUGUAUGCUGUCAUAACGGGGGCAACCGAUACGACCAGUUUGGCAACGGCUCACGCCUGUCUGUUCCUUACGUUCUACCCGGAGAUCCAAGAUCGACUGCACGCUGAAAUCGACGAAGUUUUCCCCAGCGACUACAAGGAUUACACACCGGAGAACAUCAAGAAGCUGAUCUUCCUGGAUAUGUUCAUCAACGAAGUCCAACGCCACUGCACGGUGGUGCCCUAUGUCGCUCGCGAAAACACCGCCGAAAUCGAGAUCGAUGGCGUCAAGGUGCCGCCGGGCAACAUUUUCAUCAUGAGCCUCUUCGCGAUGCACAAGCGGCCGGACAUUUGGGGACCGGAUGCAGAAAAGUUCGAUCCGGAGAAUUUCACCGAGGAAAGGAUCAAGAACAGACACCCGGCGGCGUUCCUACCGUACAGUGCCGGCAGUAAGAACUGUUUGGGUUGGCGCUACGCGAUCUUCGGCAUGAAGCUGAUUAUGAUUCAUCUGGUGAGGAAUUUUCACUUUAGCUCGCAAAUCAAGCACGAAGAUAUGACAUUUAGACAUGACCUGACGCUGAAGCUACCGUUCCAACAUUUGGUGCAGCUGACGAAGCGAAAUCCUCCGAAUCUUUCCACUGAGGUAGAAUAA